GCCAGAAAAGUAAGUAAGCAUGUCAGGAUGCCCAUUCCCAUCGGUGAACCUCUCCUGCGACAACACCUCCUGCAACUUGUUCUGCUGCCACCCCAACAAAGACCACCCUCACCAGAACGACGCCGCCGCCGGCAAACCGCCACCGCAGCCUGAGCCACCUCUGAAGCCGCCGCCGCAGCAAAUCAUACCACCGGCGCCGCCGACGUCGCAUGAGGAACCACCCCUCAAACAGUCAGCAGCGACGAUGCCGGUUAUAGUAGUGCAACCCCCGCCGGCAGCUGACCACCAUCAGCGGCACCCGCCGCCACGUCGUCCCACGGCGCCGGGCACCGGAGAAGACGACGACGGCAGCCAAUAUCCUCCUCAGGUGCCGCCCCAUACGCCGCCGGCAGCUGCUCCUGCUCGUCGUGCUCCUCCUCCUCCUGCUGCUGCUGCGCCGGAGCCGGCGCUGCCGUCGCCUUGGGAGAAGCCUCCGCCGCCGCCAGCUCAUGAUCAAUUCAUGGGAGCAGCCAUCCCGUACGACGGCGGCGGCUACGGGGAGAAGCAAUACGCGGCGGCGGCAAGAACAGUGCCUCCUCAUCGUUGCGUGCCCCCACAAGGCGACGACCCCGCCGUCACCGGCGCCGGCGCCGGUACGUGGCGCGUCCUCCGGUGACUGAUCUGCACGACUACACGAAGCAGCAGCCACUCGUCGAACAAAAGUAUGCUAGUACUACUAGUAACAAACUAACAAUUGGCAGGAUCAUCGCGAGCACUCACAGUCGCAGACGACGUACUAUAUUAAUUAAGGGGUUAUUUAGUUGGGGCUAAACUUUUUAGCCCUAUGUCAUAAUCAGAUGU